AUGGCGACAGUUCAGGAGGAGCUCCGUUUAGCUGGAUUGCUUUGUGAUGCAUUUCUGAAAGUUCAAGACGUUGAAUUUCAAAUUCACAAAAUUAUCUUGUGUGAAUGUUCACCAUACUUCGAAGCUCUUUUCGUUAAGAGAUCCAGCCCAAACCAGAGGGACUAUGUCAUUGAUGGCGUCACUCCUGUGAUUAUGGAGCUUAUUAUCCAGUUUGCAUACACAGGCUCUGUUCCUGUGACAAUGGACAAUGUGCAGGACCUCAUGGUCACGGCUAAUCAUUUUGAAAUAAUGGACAUUGUACAAACCUGCAGCCAUGCACUGGAAGAACAGCUCUGUCCAGAGAAUUGCAUAAGCAUUUGGCAGUUCACAAAAAACUAUUGUUUCUCCAAGCUAGAAUUUCAAGUCCAACGCUAUAUUCUGUAUCACUUUGAAGAAGUGGUUUCCAGUGGUGCAGGGCAAUUGAUGCAGCUCAGUGUCCAUGAAUUUGUGCAUUUCCUCAGCAGAGAUGACCUUAUUGUAAGGACAGAGAGAACUGUGUAUGAGGGCAUUAUGAAAUGGAUCACCAAUGACCCCCAUCAACGAAAAGGACACCUCUGCUCUCUAAUUUCAAAGAUGCGACUCUGUAUGAUGAGCUCGACUGACAUCAUGAAUGUGCUGCUGUCCAACGACCUAGUGAAGAAGGACUCUCAGUGCCGGGCCAUGGUCACCAGAGUCUCCAGAAUCCUGCGUUACCUCAACAAUCACCAUGCUGGCGGUGCAGCGGCGUCCUGA